AAUAUCAUAGAGGACAAAUGGUUGGUUGCAAGCCAAACUUAAUCCAACAUUAUUUUAUUUUUUCAGUCUCUAUUUGGUGAUGGGCAUUAGAAGCUAACUUGGUUAGGUAGCUCAACUUACUAAUAUUCUCUCCAUUUUCCGUAAAGAAGAGAAUUCAAACUCUUCUGCUAUAUUUAUUUGAUUAAUUCAAAGCAGGGUUCCUACUAACAGGAGUAAGAGACAUAGAACUACUCUAGUUCCAUGGCUUCCAUGGCUCAUCUGUGCCUCUUCUUCACAAUUAUGGUGUUCCUUCUUGUUACUCAGCCAACAGGAAUUCAAGGAGUUGGUGUUAACUAUGGAUUGUUGGGUGAUAAUCUCCCAACCCCAGACAAAGUCAUAGCCCUAUUGCAAUCAAGGAGCAUCCAAAACGUUCGAAUUUUCGAUCCCAACGCCGACGUUCUGAAGGCCUUACAAGGAUCCAGUUUACAGGUUAUCGUCGGAGUCCGAAACCAAGAUCUUCAACAGCUCUCAACUGAUGCAUCCGUUGCUACAAACUGGGUCAGAACCAAUGUAAUACCUUAUGCAUCAACAGUGAGCUUCAAGUAUAUAUCAGCAGGCAAUGAGGUCAUCCCUGGGCCAUUGGCAGCCUAUGUUCUUUCAGCAAUGAAGAACUUGGAUGGUGCAUUGAAAGCAGCAGGUCUCUCAAUCCCAGUCACUACGUGUGUUUCAAUGCAAGUCUUGGCAUCAUCUUACCCUCCUUCUCAAGGGGUAUUCUCAGAAUCUGCUUCUCCAAUGGGACCUAUCACAGUGUUCCUAGAGGCCAAUCAGAGUCCUCUGCUUGUUAAUGUGUACCCUUACUUUGCCUACAAUGGUGACUCUAAAAACAUCCAGUUGGGUUAUGCAUUACUCACAUCAACAAAUGUGGUGACAGUAGAUGGCUCACUUAGGUAUGAUAACAUCUUCUAUGCUAUGGUUGAUGCAGUAUAUGCAGCACUGGAGAAGGCCGGCGGUCCAAAUGUUGAAGUUGUUGUUUCGGAGACCGGAUGGCCGUCGGCCGGAAAUGGCAACAUAGCGACGACGGCCAAUGCUCGAAGUUAUAUUAACAACUUGAUUGGGCAUGUCUCAGCAGGGUCAGGGACACCAAGGAGGCCAGGGAAGGCCUUAGAGACCUACCUGUUUGCCAUAUUCAAUGAAAACUUGAAGCCUGCAGGAGAAGAACAAAAUUUUGGGAUCUAUUAUCCUAAUAUGACUGAAGUGUAUCAUGUUAAUUUUUCUUAGACACAUUAGAGAGAAAAUAAAGGUGAAGCAAGUUUGACAGACCUUUUCAUGGAUGGUAAUGGUUGGCCUAGUAGAUCCUGCCCCAGUGUGAUCUCUCUCUCUCUCAUCUUGAAGGUGGUAAUGGGAAUGGAGUCACUGAAUGUCCUUCAUAUUUGUCGUUGGCAAAAUUUGUUCAAAUUGAGAUCGAUUGAUACCUACCAAACUCAAUGUUCUUCCCAUAUGUCGCUUGCAAAAUGUAGUUUUUUAUUAUUAAGUUGUUAUCCGCAGGCGUCCUAUUGAAUUAUUGAUGUUCCACAGCC